AGAUGCUUCCUCUGGCCAUCACCUUCAUUUCCAGCAUGAUGCAACCCAAUGACAUCUGUGCUUUUCUUGGAAUGUGUGGAGGACGGGACAGUACCAAGAUUAGAGAACUGUUGCUUAAGCACAUGUCAAAAACUGUACCAGUGACAACUAUGAAGAUAGAGACGUCCAUUCAGUGCUCUGUUUGCACAUACGUUGUGAGCACACUUGAGUAUCUGUUUCCCAGAGAGAGGACUCAGAGCAUCAUAACUGCGCUGCUGGAGAGUUUGUGCAGCGAGUUUCCUUCUCUGGUUCAGCCACAGUGCAAUAAGAUGGUUGAAAAAUACGUCCAACUGUUGGUUGACAUGCUACUGAACAACACUUCUCCUAAUUUCAUAUGCACGCUGCUUCGUUUUUGUGAAAUAUGGGAGCAUCCCGUCAAUGCUGUGGCACUUUCGGAUUGUGAUUCUUGCCUUACAUUGGCGGUUCUGACUCAUGUUUAUCUGGGCACCAAUGCCACCGAGCUCCAGGCUGCUUCAUUCCUGGACACCGUCUGCCAGCUGCACCCCAGUGCUAUGCCAAAGUGUGAGACUUACGUGCAGCGUCAUGGGAACCAGCUCCGUGUGCUUCUGAGCAAACAGCAGGGGGCGCUGGACAUUUGUAAGAGGGCAAAUUUGUGUGUUUCUGGUGAGAGGAAGCCUGUCAUUGCUGCUGCCCCCUGUAGCCUGGGACCAAUGUACAGCUGCAGAGACCUCCAGACUGCUGUCGACUGUGGGGCAGUUUCCUUCUGUCAGAAGAAUGUGUGGGAAUAAUCUGUUUCUGCUGUCCAUACAUGGUUUCUUGCAUUUGUGUGAG